AUCCCAAUACGUAAAAACUACCUCCCGGAGGGGUGGAGAGCGGGAGUAGGUGUUUGCCUGCGUGUGUAGGUUAAUGCAUGUUUAUCUAUACACCCUGUGUGUCCGUGUGUGUGUGUGUGUGCACACCAUGGGAAGGGAGGAAGAGAAGGAAUGACACGCACAGUCCGUUUGCGCUUCGUGCCAGCGACUGCCUCCGUCGUUCCUCAAUCCUUAUAAUGCUGACGUCUCGUCUCCCUUCAAAGUUUCCUGCCGUACUUUGCCCGGCUCUCUUAAGAGAGGUCAGAAACCAUUUUGCUGCUGGGGCUGCUGUGCUGGCUGUGGGCUGGUGAGCAGGCAGGACGGUGUGGUUGGGGGCCACCGGGAGCCUUCGCCCGGAGGUGGGUCUCCCGGGGGCAGUGCAAACCUCCUCUCCAUCCCUGGGUCGGUCCUGGGCUCCACCGCUUCCGCAGAGCUCUCCAGAGGUCGGGCCGUGCCGCGUCGCUCCCAAAGUUUUAGUGAGGCUCCAGUUUAAUGAGACAGAGAGAUUUCAGCAGCUCCGCGGCAUUUAACAUCCUGCUCUCUCUGGGAAUGACUGAAAUGCUGAAUAAUGGAGCAGACCACAACACUGGUCUCCCUAUGGAAGCAGCUGUUUCUAUCUGGCAUUGAGAUCCCAUGGAGAAGCUGAGGAGGGGGAUGGCUCUUCAUAUCCAUGAAGCCUGGAUACUUCUCUUUGUAAUCCCUGCUUUGGUCACUCCAGCUGCCAUCAAUCAUGAAGACUACCCCGCCGAUGAAGGGGACCAGACCUCCAGUAAUGACAAUCUGAUCUUUGAUGACUACCGAGGGAAGGGCUGUGUGGAUGACAGUGGCUUUGUGUACAAACUGGGAGAACGUUUUUUCCCGGGACAUUCCAACUGUCCCUGUGUCUGUACUGAGGAUGGACCUGUUUGCGAUCAACCAGAAUGCCCUAAAAUCCACCCAAAGUGCACAAAAGUGGAACACAAUGGGUGCUGUCCAGAAUGCAAAGAAGUGAAAAACUUUUGUGAAUAUCAUGGGAAAAACUACAAAAUCUUGGAGGAAUUUAAGCCCUCGCCAUGCGAAUGGUGUCGCUGCGAGCCCAGCAAUGAAGUUCACUGUGUUGUAGCAGACUGCGCAGUUCCCGAGUGUGUCAACCCAGUCUAUGAACCAGAACAGUGUUGCCCGGUCUGCAAAAAUGGUCCGAACUGCUUUGCAGGAACCACAAUCAUUCCCGCUGGCAUCGAGGUGAAGGUGGACGACUGCAACAUCUGCCACUGCCACAACGGGGACUGGUGGAAGCCAGCGCAGUGCUCCAAGCGCGAGUGCCAGGGCAAACAGGCUCUGUAGGGGCAACAAACCCCCCCACCACCACCAGUGGCAAACGCCACCGACGGUAACGAUGUCGAUGAUGACGAAGGACCGGCUUCAACGCUGCGCACGUCUUGUUCCACCUCCCGCCAGCUGCACCAGGGUCACCAGCAAAACCUGCCAGGACGUCACACAAGCAGAGAUUUCACUCACGGGGAAGGGGUCUCCCUCUUCCCCCCCGCCUUCCUCCCAUCCCCUCAGCUCUUCUCUCGCUUUACACACUAUGUAACCAGUAUCUAGGUAUCUACUCUGCUUUUUUUUUGUAAUUAUCAGUGCUUGGUAGGCUUGCGGUGGUCACAUUUGGGGAGGAAAAAAAAA